AUGGAUGAGGAGCAGCUACUGGAACAGCUCGCAUUGGAGAAUCGGUCGUUAGCAACGAAUACAGAGGAGUACGAGCCACUGGGUGUUGAUCAGGUGGUUAAGCCUGAUCCUCGACUCUUUGAUGCAGCUGCAGAGCUUAAGAGAGCGCUUGGAAAAAGUUUCAAGAUGGAAGCUGCGUCCAGUACGAAUCGUUCCCAUCGUACAGCUAACAAAGCGGGAAAACUCGUUAAGCAAAAGCACACGUGGCCGCCUAUUAGGAGCAUAGGUUUGUCUAUGGAACUAGAUCGGGGAGAAGGCCAAGAGAAAUGGUUCAAGUUCGUGCAUAAUUCGCAUUACGAACAACUCGAAAGACUAUGCUGGGUGGCUGAAGAUUCACUUGAUCAUAGGAUAAUCGAUGAAAUACUUACUGACAAUCCAUAUCACUUGAAUUCCCUUCUUCUGCUGGCGAACAUUUUUCGAAUGCAGGAGGAUAUCACUCAGUCUUGUGAUUUAAUAGAGCGGGGAAUCUUUUACUGCGAGCAAGCAAUGGCGAGCACGUUCCAUCCGAGUUCGUUUUAUCAUCGCGUAGACUACUUGGACUACGAGAAUAGAGCAUUUUAUCUAUUGCUGCAUCGACAUAUGCUGAACUGCAUUCAUAAACGAUGUUUCGAAACGGCACUCAACUAUGCGAAACUGAUACUGACCAUGGAUCCUCAAAGUAAGAGAGUUAUAAUUCACAAUUUCAUUCGAACAAGAACUUGGCUGGCGUAA